CCCCUUUUCAAUAUAAUUGGAUCUAACAAGAUGAAGCCUUCUCUCGUUUCCAUUGCGUCUUUGCUCUCCGUUGCGGAUUGUCUUUCGCUGCCGCCGCUCAUCCCCAGUAUUCCUGGGGUGACGGACCCUCUGACGACCAAUGCCCCUCCGUUGCCCAUCCUUCAGGUGCCCACUCCACCCCUCAAGAGUCCUCCCUUUGAGGGCAGCAACAUCAAGCCCAAGAAGAUUGGAUACUUCUGGACCGGGUCUGGUGACAAAAACCACAAGGACUUCCUUGCUACAUACAGUCUUGAUGAUGACACCUUCGGCACCCUUCUGUGGGUCACCGACGUGCCCAGCAGUGGCAACGACCCCCACCACCUUGGCCCGUCUCUUGAUGGCAAGACCCUGUGGGGUGGAGGGCUUCUGUCUCUCUUGAAGACUCAGGACACCGGAUUCUACUUCGACACCAGUGACCCGUACCGCCCCAAGUUCCUCAAAAGCAACCGGGCUAUUCUCGGCUCGAUUGCAGAUGAGGUCCGGGCCAAGCCGGAUGGAGGCUUCUUCAUCACAUAUAUGGGCUCUGCAGUGGGCACCGCACCGGGCCGUCUCAUCGAGACGGACAAGAACUUUGACAUCAUCCACGAGUGGCCUGAAGACGUCGAAGGCACGCUCAACAUUCUCGGCGAGCAGUUCUCGCCCCAUGGUCUCAGCAUCGACUGGGAGAAGAAGCUCAUCCUGACUUCUGACUUUGUGGAGCCCAUCUCUAUCCUGAAGCCCAGCACGGGCAUCCGGAGGGCUAAUACCCUGCGUCUGUGGGAUCUUGAUUCGAGGAAGAUUCUUAGCACGCUGACCAUCCCCGAUGGUGGCGGUAUCCAAGACGUCAAGUUCAUUCCCGGGCACCCCGAGUCGGCUGCCCUUGCCACUGCCGUGCAUCUCGGUCAGGUGUGGGUGAUUUACCCGCUGCGCAAGGACGGCAACGGCAAGCAGGGUGUGAUCAAGGAGCUGUACGACCUGGGGCCGAAAGCCCGUGACACCACUGCCAUCUAUACCGACAUCAGUCAGGACGGCCGCUUCAUCUACCUCACCCUAACGACCGCCAACCACAUCGCAGCCCUGGAUAUCAGCGACCUGGACAAUGUCAAGCGUCUCGACGAUCCCGACGAGGACCAACCCACCGUUGGCCCGCAUUACAUCAAGGUCACGCCCGACCAGAAGCACCUGGUCGUCACCGACUACUUUGUGCAGACCGGCCAGAUCGGGUUGAUCAACACACCCGCUGACUUCAAGGCGCUGUACAUUGAUAUCAACAAGGAUGGCAGCUUGCAUUUCAACCGCACUAUCGACUUCAAUAAGGAGUUUGCGAACCGUGGUGGUGGCAAGCCUCACUCUAGUGUUGUCUUUGACCUCACAGACCCGGAGCACCCGAUCUACUACUAG